AUGGCUUCAUAUAUAUCUCAACCUUUCAAAGCAACGUAUCGGUUUGCUUAUGACCGACCUGCAUAUUUCUGGAGUUUGGUAAUUGGUUUCGCUGGCCCUGUAUAUGUCCUUGUCAUGCCGCCAAUACUAAAGAAAUUCGGUCAUGUAAAGCCAGAAGCUAUACCUUACACUUAUCCAAGUAAGAGUCAAUAUAUGGCUGUUAUUUUUGUGAAUUUCAGAGUUGAUCACAUGCAACUCGUUUCUCAGUAUAAUUUGGGAUCAAGAUAUUUUAUUUACGUCGUAAUUUUAGUGCCGAAUCGUCCGCGUCGACCAACUGUGGGUUAUGAGGAUCCAUGA